AUGCAGGCCCGCCUGACUUUCUCUCCCGACGGCCGGAGCCUCUUCGACGAGCCGCUGGCCGUGGCGGUGGAAGGGCUGCGGCCCCAGCAGGAGGUCACGCUGCGGGCGUCCCUGCGGGACGAGGCCGGGCUGCUCUUCGAGUCGCGCGGCCUGUACCAGGCGGACGGCCACGGGCAGCUGGACCUGGCCGACUCGCCGGCGCUGGAAGGCGGCAGCUUCUCCGGCCUGGAGCCGAUGGGGCUGCUGUGGGCGAUGAAGCCGGAGAAGCCCUUCAGGCGCCUGGUGAAGCGCGACGUGCGGAGCCCCUUCCUCCUGGAGGUGGAAGUGCUGGGCGGCCACGGCAAGUGCCUGGCCCGAGGCGCCCACGAGAGGGCCUUCAUGCGGGACGGCGUGAGGAGGGUCCCCGUGCGAGAGGGCCGGGUCCGAGCCACGCUGUUCCUGCCCAGCGGUGAUGGCCCCUUUCCUGGAGUCAUUGAUAUUUAUGGAACUGGAGGAGGCCUCCCUGAAUAUCGAGCAUCUCUGAUGGCUAAUCAUGGCUUUGCCACGCUAGCACUGGCCUAUUAUGCUUAUGAAGAUCUCCCUAAAGAUAUGAAAGAAUUCCAUCUGGAGUAUUUUGAAGAAGCUGUAAAUUAUAUGCUGAAACAUCCGAAGGCCAGGAUGACCAUAACUGGAAGAGUGAAUUCUUUGCCAUUGAAGCCUCCAAUCGUUUACAGGCUCAUGGGAAAGAAAUACCUGAGAUAAUUUGCUAUCCAGGAGCAGGGCAUUAUAUUGAGCCUCCUUAUUUCCCAAUGUGCCCAUCUUCAAUGCAUCUUUUGGUGGGCUGCCCAGCAAUCUGGGGAGGGGAGCCCAGAGCUCAUGCUAAAGCACAGGUGGACGCUU